AGCUCGUGCGUGGAAGGAUCGUAGCCAUCCCUUCGUGUGCGCAUUUUGCCGACAGAAUGUUGCCGUUGGUUCCAGAUCGCAAUAUGAACGAACAUUGUCGGUUUCGGCGACUUCUUCGAAACCCGUAAGGCUUUUGCGAGGGCACGCCAGCGAACGCAGCGCAUUGGUCUCUUGCCAAACUCGAUCGCUACAUAGGACGGCAUGUCUCAACAGUUCUGCGAAUGACAAUGAGGGCCCUUCUAAGCCUGGGGGAUUCCCAGGUGCAUUUUCCAAUACCGGCGUGGGAGGUUGGGGCGCAUUUGCAAAACCGAAUACGGCAUCAAGCAAUUCGACUUCAACGGAUGGAUUGCUCCCCCACGAGCGACUAGCGAGACAGCAAUCGCCUGUCGUAGAGAACACGCCGGCGAAAAAAACGAGUCAGCCCGAGAAGAGCGCAGGAAAUCGGCAGAGAAACAAUGCGCAAGCGACCAAGUCAAAGUCAGUUCUGGCCGACAUCUUCAAAACAAAUCGCGAGCCACGACCUCCGCCAACACCCGAGUCGUGGUCUUCUGCAUCCAA